AUGCCAGCUGGAACCACCGGAAAGGAUCCCGUGCGGCGCCGCGGGAGUAGGAUAAUCAAGCCUUGGAAGGACGGGUUCGCCGUGCGGCAGCGGCAGCACCACAACGACCAUCUCUCACCCCGCGCUAUGGCUUCUUCUCCGCCUGGCAGCUCGGAGCGGUCCAGCCUCCUGGCCAACGCCACCAGCACCAGCCUGACCCAGCCUUUCAUGGCCGGCUACAACAACGGCGGGAGCCCGUCGUCCCCCGUAUUGCCCGCUGACGCGGCCUUGCCGCCGUCGAUACCCCGCACGGCCUCGGAGCUGGAAGCGGCGGAGGAGGAGAGACAGGAGGCGGUGGCCGCCCAGGCGAAGGUCCCCGAGGCUCCUCGAGCGCCCCUCACCGGGAAGGGCCUGCUGGCCCUGUCGCUUGCCACCGUGUUCGGCUACCUGUGCAUUGGGGUCCUGGUGUACACGACCCUCGCGGGGAUGAGCUUCUUGGACGCGCUGUACUUCUGCGUCGUUACCCUGACGACCGUGGGCUACGGGGACCUGAGCGCUCACAAGCCGGUGACGAAGCUGUUCGCUUGUUUCUACAUCCUCAUCGGCGUGGCCAUGGUGGCGGCCUUUCUGUCCAAGCUCGUUGAGCUCCUCUUGGACAAGCAGGCAGGCCGCCGUCUUAGCAUGAUUCGGGGGAUGGUGGCAUUGGUUGUGGCGCAGGCCAUGGGUGUGGAUUAUCCUGACACCGCCAUGAAGACACAGUGGGGGAGCGGCGCGACCAACGGCGGCACACCCGCCGCCCAGCAGGACACCGCUGGCGACAACGACGACAUCGCCUUGGUCAAUAGCAUCAAUGUGGAGGUGGGCCUGGGCGUCUUUUACUUUGUGCUGCUCGUGGGGGUGGGCACAACGGUGUUCAUGGUAUACGGCCACAUGUCGGUGAUCGACGCCUUCUACCUGACGGUAGUGUCCUCAUCGACGGUGGGCUAUGGCGACUACUUCCCGUCUUCGACCGGGACACGGUUGUUCGCCAUUUUCUUCCUGCCGUUGUCCACCCUGCUGCUGGGAAAGGUUAUUUCGGAUUACACCGAGAUGCAGGCGAACAAGCGCGUAAAGCAGAGGCAGACGCGCCUCCUCCUGGCCACGGUUACAGCGCGUGAGUACUCGGCUAUGGACGCGGACAACGACAACCGCGUCAGCCUCAUGGAGUUCAUGGUGCACACCCUGAUCAAGCAAGAAAAAGUAACCCAGGAGGACAUCGAAGAGAUUCACACCCGAUUCACGGCUCUGGACAAGGACCACAACGGCUUCGUUACGAGGGACGAGAUCGGCGAGGAACGCGAUAAAGACGGCGACGGUUUCAUCGGCGCGGAUGAGCUAUGAUACAUCCCUGCCGCUGUUUUUGAAACAUCCAUGUCGCCGAGUUCCUUGAUCUCAAUCCCUUGCUGCCGAUUCCUUGGUGGUGCUGCCGGGGCGGCUCGCCAUCGACGUUAGGAAACGUCACCAUUGCUUCCUGCUACGCCGGGCCUCAACGGCUUGAGGGAGCGGAAUAUUCUCACUUGCUGUUGAACAGCAUGUCUAUCUCAUCGGCGUUGUUCAAGAGACGCUCUUCGUUGCUAGCUUUCGGCGGGUACGUCGAAGGAUUUGAUGGCAAGCCUGUUGCUGUUGACGGAACGCAUCGACGCGUGAGAGCGUUGCUGCUGAUGGUGGACCUAAUCGACACCUAAGGCAAACCUUACCAUUCGUUCGUUGCCCUUGGCGGGUCUAAUUGGUAAAACCAGCGUCCGAAUGUCUUGUCUUCGGUAUAGAGUUACAGGUAGCGCGUGGGAUGACUUUCACUGACUUCAACUCGCGGGAAUUCACGAGCUUGAUUGGAUCUUGUUGCGAGGGGUAGAGAGAGGGGACAAGUUACUUCGGCCCGCCACCUUCAAGGGGCAUGGAGACGCGAUAUCGACCGAGGCAUUGCUUUGAUUGUGCACGAUGGUUUUCAAUGUUUUUUUUUUCGUAGUACUUGGGAAACAACCUUGCAGGCGAAACCGAAAUUCGCCUCUUUGGUUGAAACAAGCCAAGGAUCGUUGUUGUCAACUUCACAACAAUCGAGACGGACAGCCGUUUCCCCUGUUGAGAGGGAGUUGUGGGUGAGUUUUGCUGGUGUUGGAUAGAUUCAGCAUGUCACACCCGUGUAUUGAUACUAUUGCUGGUUCGUUUGUGGAUUGCGAACUAGAUAUACCGAAAACCAACGCCAUGCUGUCGUUCUAGGCGGCAGCAUCUACAUGUGGACUUCCCUGGUGUCGGAGAUUUGUACCUCACGUGGUCACGCUGCUUGUCUCCGUUGCCUUGCGUGGAACGUCGAAGGCUCGUCGUGCGUGAGAGGGAGUGAUUCGUGUUGCUACGCGGUCGAUGUCAGCAGAGACAAACCGGGUCUUACCACACCACACUCUAUAGCAGUGAUUUGUUCUGGUUUGUUCCGAUAGUUUGUACGUGUGGCGGCGAGAAAGGCUGGGCAGUGCAUGCUAUGUGUGUUUUUGUCAUUCUCCUUCUCCUUGUGAUUCGAGUGUUUCGUGUGUGUACACUCUCCAGUAUUGUUACUCUCCCUCGCAACGAAAGCCCAGUAUUUGAUUCUAGGCGAUUGUUUUCGUUUUUUGUGCUGCUUUAUUCAGUCCAGUUGUAUCCUGCCCCCUAACGAAAUCGUUGCCUCCGUGUGCUUGCGCGUGGACACGGCACGUUUCUCCAUUGGUUAUUUUAUUAUUUUCGAUCCAGUCAGGGCGCCGCCGUCGUAAGAUUCAGCAGCAGCAGCA